AUUCCGACUCCAUUGUUGUUUUCUUCCGGCUUGUGAUUGUCCAUUUUAUCGAAAAAAAAGUUGUGAAAAAUCCGACUUUAAGCUUGAAAAACUUUCUAAAUCUUCACAAAACAAAAGCGAAAUGGCUGCUUACAAUCAAGUUGAUUUAAUCGAAGAGGAUGCCGCCGAUCUGCAGUUCCCCAAGGAAUUCGAGAACGCCGAAACCCUACUUAUCAGCGAGGUGCACAUGCUGCUGGAGCAUCGCAAGAACCAGAACGAAUCUUCCGAGGAGGAACAGGAAUUUUCGGAGGUGUUCCUGAAAACGCACCAGUACACUCGAAUGUUUCAGAAGUUCAAAAACAAGGAAACCAUCGCCAGCGUUCGAAGCUUACUGAUGUCCAAGAAGCUGCACAAAUUUGAACUUGCCGCGCUAGGAAAUUUGUGUCCGGAUAGCCCGGACGAAGCCAAGGCAUUUAUUCCAUCGUUGGAGGGACGAUUCGAGGACGAGGAACUGGCUCAGAUCCUGGACGACAUUUCGACCAAACGAAGUUUGCAGUAUUAGUUUGAUAAUAAGACGGGAUUUCUCAAAUUUACUAAUUAAAGAAUAACUAUGGUUUAAUAUGUAUAAACAAACAAAAACAAUUUAAGUGCUGAUGAUUACUACAGGCGAUUGAUAAUUGAAAUAAAUUACACUUUGCUUGCAUAAUA